AUGAAACUUCUCUUAGCUGCAAACUUUUUCACAUCUCUCGCUGCCUUUGUUCUAUUGAUUUUUGCUCUUUUGGUUGGUGUAUCGGAGAAGAGUCCUUUUGGUGAAUUAUAUUGGUCACAAGUGAGCGUAUCUGGAUCAUCAGGAUCGAGCGGUGGUACAAGAUGGACAAAUUUUGGCGUUUGCUCUUUCGCUAACGGCAAGAAUGUUAACUGUACAUCAUUGAAGUUCCCUUACCCGUACAAUACGCAGUACAACUAUCCCAAUGGGAUUGGAGUAAUCGAUAACAGCGAGUUAAGAAGUAAGGAGAGCCAAAUGAAGGCAAUGUCUAGAGCAGCACCAAUAUUACUAGCGAUUGGACUUAUAUUUGCUUUCUUUUCCUUACUUUGUGUACUACUUGCGUGUGCUUUGCCAGUAAGAUUCAUAAUAGGGUUCUCGAAUUUUAUUGUGUUCCUUGGGUUUAUCGUCACCGCUGCCGGAGCCUCACUAUUAACCUACGUGCACAUAUUUUCUGUCACUACUAUUAAGAAUGAUGGCGUUAGUACUUCGACUGGAUCUAAGGCGUUUGGUUUGCUUUGGGCAUCCGUUGCAGCAUAUUUGAUAUCUAUCGUUCUAUUUUCUGUAACUUGGAUUAGAAGAAAAACACACAAGGGGUACCAGAAAACUGGUGGUGACGAUAGAUCAGAUUCUCAUUCUGAAAAGACAAGCAAGUAUUCAGAUGGAAAAUAA